UCUACACGCACGAAGUCUGAAAAUGAGAAAAAAGGUAAGUAAUGCGUGAAAAGUGAAAAAGGGUAAGAAAGGACUCCGUUAAGCGUUGCUUGACACUUCGCCGAGAUGUUUGAUUUUAUUUGGAGAAUGUAAAUGUUGAGAAAACGGUCGGGUUUUGCGAAACAAUCGAACGCGACGGUAAAGGAGCGAAUUGGUUAGGAGAAAAUAAUAUUUAGGUAACGCGAGGUGUAAAGCGAAGGAAAGAUGUUGAAAAAAAAAGAAAAAAAACCGAAAAUUAAGUACCAUCCCUCUCUCGAGGAAAAAAUCUGCGCGGUACGAUUUAGUGAAUUUUCCACAAGAGGGGUGUGUACUUAUCUCCAUGGAGGUGGGACCGCCUCCGAAACGGACGGACCAAUCGCGUGAUGCAAACCCAACCCCCGUUCCAGCGGGUAACACGGGGCUUGAUCGAGGGUGAACUCUCGAAAGGAGACUUCAGUUUCCUCGGCAUCGUCUAUCGAGAACGAUAAAAGCGACUCUCUCGCAGUGAGGAUACUGGGGAAAAAAGAAGGAAACUUUUUUGGUAAAAACAACCGAUUUGGUUCUUGAGCAUCCGAAGAGAUGGCAGGGCCGUAUCUUUCACCUUUGGGGCCUCAAGCUGAUUUGCUCACCGAAUAUAUGUUCGGAAGACGUCGUCAGGUCAGUAGACGCAAUCGAACAACUUUUACGCCGCAACAACUUCAGGAAUUGGAGUCUCUCUUCCAGAAGACGCAUUACCCGGACGUUUUUCUAAGGGAAGAAGUCGCUCUCAGAAUUUCCCUCUCAGAAGCCCGUGUUCAGGUUUGGUUUCAAAAUCGCCGAGCAAAGUGGCGAAAGCAAGCACGACUGCAGUUGCUCCAGGACGCAUGGAGAAUGCGGUGUUUAGGUCUGGGAAGCGCAGGACCCCUAAUUUUGAGACCGCCACCUACGGCAUCCUUGGAACGUCACGAUGCAGGAACACCGCCGCCGCAACCACCGCCGCCGUCAUCGACUGCCGCCAGUAGCAACGGCUCACCAAUGGCGACAGUUAACACCGACAAAAUACUUGGCUCGCCGUCUGUAUCCGUUUGCAGAGACUACAGGAUUCUUCCACCUCCCCAUGGAUUUUCAGUGUCCUGCGAAAAGUCUCCGGAGAGAAUGAAAUGUGGCUGCGGUUCCCCGCCAAGGAUAUGUGGCAGUCCGAUAGAAAGAGACGCAAGCCUAACUGUCAGAGACAGACCUCAAGAAGCUGAAAUGGAUCUCACUGUGAAGGGUCCGCCUCGACACAAACCCAUCUCAACUUUGUUUCAUCACUUGCCUCAACAGGAACUUAGUCCUUCGAAAGCUGGCGACGAACCCUUAGACGUGACACUCAAUACCAACAAAAACAAUUAAACGUUGCUCUUAUCGGUUUCGUUUUUUAUCAUUUUUCAUUCACUGUUACCGAACUCGUUUGUCGUUCGUUUGA